AACUGCCACUCACCGUCUUGUCUGACACCUCUGGGGAUCCGGGUACCGGCAGUAGUCCCCAGGAGUGGUUCUCCCUGGGCACCCUUCCCUUCUAACCCAAUUUCAACUUCCAGCAUAUUGGAGCCUUAGACCUCUCUUUUUGCUCUAGAGAUGCAAAAUCCCAGCCCCUGUCCCAUUGCCCACUAUCUAUCGAAUCCCUGCAGAUUGCCCAGCACUAUGAAAAUCAAAAGAGAAAAGGCAAAACCCCAGCCCUCUUUCACUCGUGAAUAGCGCCCAGAGAGAACGGGAGUGGCUGGGGGAGACGUGAGAGGCCUCAAGUAAUCACCACCCACUGCCCAGGUUUCUAGAAAUUGAGAGGAGAAGAGGUAUCCAUCAAGAAGGAAUCCCAAGUGAGGUCCGCGCCCUGGGGAAGCUUCUCUGCGUCUCCUGGAAACAACUCCUCAGAGAAAAUGGGCGAUCCAGCGGCAGAGAGGAACUCUCUCGAGAGCCCUUCUCUCCUCCUGGCCAGCGGCGAUGUCUUUGGGUCCCUGCGGGACUUUGCUGCUCACUGCCCAGCCCCGCCCUCUCAACACCUGACCCGUGGGAGCCUCCGGGGCUCCGAGCGCGGCCAAUGGGAGCGGUGGGCGGAGGACAGCUGCCCUUUAAGGAGCGGCCCAGCCUUCCCCAGGCACCGAGCGCCAGGAGAGCAGCAGCAUCCUUGCCUUUGUCACUAUGUCUCUGCAGGCAGAUUUUGACAGGGCCACAGAAGAUGUGAAGAAGCUGAAAGCAAGACCGGAGGAUGAAGAAUUGAAGGAAAUCUAUGGCCUUUACAAGCAAGCUGUCAUUGGAGACAUUGAUAUUGUAUGUCCAGCACUGUUGGAUGUCAAAGGCAGGGCGAAGUGGGAAGCAUGGAGCCUCCAAAAAGGGUUGUCCAAGGAGGAUGCCAUGAGUGCCUAUAUUUCUAAAGCAAAAGAGCUGAUCGAAAAAUAUGGAAUUUAGAGUGCAAUAGAAGAGAAUGUGCUCCUUCUGAAGUCUUCAUAAUGGUAUCUUGACCUUACAUUUAGUGGGAAAUGCACUAUUAACACUGGACCACAGAUAUUUUGGCUAUGAGCAAGAUUUAUAAUAUUUAGGAGUAUGAUGAAAAUGCACAGUUAACUAAAUUUCACUGGCUUAAACCAGGUAACUUUAAAGGUUCUUUUACAAAAAUCAUUGCUCUGGAGUACGUAUACCAAACUUUUUUUUUUUUUGGUAGUAUUGGUUCAAACCCAGGGUUCAGGCAUGCUAGGCAAGCACUCUACCACUGAGCUACAGUCCUACCUGUAUACCAAAACUUUGAUUAUUUGCUCUUUUUAAAAUUUAUUUAUUUUUUAGUUUUAGUUGGACACAUACAUUUAUUUUAUUUAUUUACUUUUAUGUGGUGCUGAAGAUCAAACCCAGGGCCUCUUAUGUGCUACACUGAGCUACAACCCCAGCCCAUGAUUAUUUACUCUUUUGAUGAAUCUAUUCUCAAUAUUGAGGGAGUGCUACUGGGGUAAUAAAAACAGUUUAUUAAGAAUCAACAGCAGCUGGGUGCAGUGUUGCACAUCUGUAAUCCUAGCUUCUUGGGAGGCUGAGGAAGCAGGAUUACAAAUUCAAGUCCACCCUUGUGGGCCCCCGGGGGUAUAACUCACUCAGUGGUAGAUGCCUAAUGUGCAUGAGUCCCAGGGUUCCAUCCCCAGCACCACAAACAAACCAGGAAGGAAGAAAUUUAUAAGUCUGUUUUUAGCUCCUCAAAGAAGGAAAAAAGCCACUGUGAAAAUUUUCAAUUUUUACCUUUAAAACAUAAAAGAAUCAAACUAAAAUGUAUCUAGUGAUCUAUGCCCCUUGGGAUCAGUUUUGUUGGAGUGAAAAUGUAGAGUCUGGAAUGAUGUUGACCCACACUACUCAGGAUUUCUUGUUGGUUCACAGGAUCUUUGAAAGCUGGAUGUGGUAAGAUACACCUGUUCUCACAGCUACUCAGGAAGCUGAGGCAGGAGGAUCACAAGUUUGAGUUCAACCUGGGCAAUUUAGUGAGACCCUGCCUCAAAAAAUAAAAAGGGCUGGUGAUGUAGCUCAGUGGUAGAGCAUUGCCUAGAAUGUUUGAGGUCCUGCGCCUGAUCCUCAGUACUGCUGCAAGAAAAGAGAAAGAAGAAAACUUGUUUAAGAUUCCAUGAGAUAAAUAUCCCCCCAAAGAGUAUAUCUUUGUUUCCUGCCUAAGAGCUCAGGUUUAGGGGAUCAAGAUACGGCUCAGUGGUGGAGUGCUUGUCUGGCAUGUGUGAGGCCCAGGGUUCUAUCCAGCAACACAAAAACAAAACAAAACACCCCCACCUCCGCCGCAAAAAA